AUGACUCUCAAGAUAACUGCUUCGGACAAAAGUUUGUGGGCAUUGAAUGCAGCGAUGGUUGUGCUCAGACCCAAUGUGUUUUAUGAGGCUGCUUUUGCGGGACUUAGUUUUCGUGUGAAUCAAUUGGUGACCUGCGAGAUGAUGUUUACUUCGAAAAGUAUUCGGAAACGUAGUGCCAUUGAAGAGCCUUUCGUCCCUGAGGUCGGCAGUAUCAUCGGCAAGAAGGGAGAGAUCGUCAAGAGGUUCCGCGAAGAGUCGGGCGCCAAGAUCAACAUCUCCGACGGCUCGUGCCCGGAGCGCAUAGUGACCGUGACCGGGCCGACGAACUCGAUCUUCAAGGCGUUCACGCUGAUUUGCAAAAAGUUCGAGGAGUGGUGCUCGCAGUUCCACGAGAUUCAGACGGGUGCCGGGGGUAACGUGCCCAGGCCACCGAUAACCCUGAGGCUGAUCGUGCCCGCGUCCCAGUGUGGCAGCCUGAUCGGCAAGGGUGGCUCCAAAAUCAAGGAAAUACGCGAGGUCACCGGCGCCUCGAUUCAGGUUGCCUCGGAAAUGCUGCCCAACUCGACCGAGCGCGCGGUCACCAUUUCCGGGACCAGCGAGGCCAUCACUCAGUGCAUUUAUCACAUAUGCUGUGUCAUGCUAGAGACCGAUGUGAGUCUGAAAUACAUCAUGGUCAUUUCUACACUUUAA